ACUUCUUUCCAUCACCCAGCUCCCUUUCUUCUCUCUCUCUCUGAACUUGUUGCACAGCUGUGUUGUUCCUUGUUCUCACGCGCGGAGCCGCGCGCCUGCAGCGGCGCACACAUGAAGCGGCGGCUUGAGGGAAACGUCAGCAGGUUUGGUCUUGGAGCGGCUUGCAGCGUGACAUUGCAGAGCCCGUUGUGCUUUAAAGAGGGAUGCAUGGAGGCAGAUGACGCACUGAGCCACAGUCCCCCCCUCAGUGAGAGAGCGUGCACGAACGUCAGCUCGGGGAGGGCAAAGCCUGCUUAAAAUGCAGCGAAUGUGAGAGACGUGCCCACAGUCCAGACUACAGCAGCGCCUGGACGGGAAAGGUGAAGCGGGGAGGGGGCGGGGGGCACCAGCAGCCCACCCGCAGACGUGACGAGAAGGAGACCCACGGAGUCACCCAGCUGGAGUCCUGAGACGCACAGAGGAGGAGGAGGAGGAGGAGGGGAGUCAGGGAGGACUGAGGGGCGGGAAGCGUCGCCCUUUCCUUGGGGGGGAACCAUGACAGUGGUGCCCGGGGAGAACCUGGAUGAGACUGUGGCACUGGCCGCGCUGUCCGCCCAGGAUGUCUACGACCCGGAGAGAGCCGAGAACCAGGACUGCUGCGAGCGGGUGGUCAUCAACAUCUCCGGGCUGCGCUUCGAGACGCAGCUGAAGACUCUGGCCCAGUUCCCGUCCACCCUGCUGGGGGACCCGCGCAAGAGGAUGCGCUUCUUCGACCCGCUCCGGAACGAGUACUUCUUCGACCGGAACCGACCCAGCUUCGAUGCGAUCCUUUACUACUACCAGUCCGGGGGUCGGCUCCGGAGACCCGUCAACGUGCCGGUGGACAUCUUCAUGGAGGAGAUCAAAUUCUACGAGCUCGGGGAGGAGGUGAUCGAGAACUUUAAGGAGGAUGAGGGCUUCAUCAAGGAGGAGGAGCGGCCGCUGCCGGAGAACGAGUUCCAGCGGCAGGUCUGGCUCCUGUUCGAGUACCCGGAAAGUUCCGGACCCGCCAGGGGCAUCGCCAUCGUGUCCGUGCUGGUCAUCCUCAUCUCCAUCGUCAUCUUCUGCUUGGAGACCUUACCCGAGUUCAGAGAGGAGGCCCGGGUCUUUGAGGAGCUCAUCCUGUCCAAUGGAACCGCGCGCGCCGACCAGCCGAACCCCUUCACGGACCCUUUCUUCAUCGUGGAGACGCUCUGUAUCAUCUGGUUCUCCUUCGAGCUGCUGGUCCGGUUCCUAGCCUGCCCCAGCAAGCCCGCCUUCUUCAAGAACAUCAUGAACACCAUCGACAUCGUGGCCAUCAUGCCCUACUUCAUCACGCUGGGGCUGGAGCUGGCGGAGCACCAGGGGAACGGCCAGCAGGCCAUGUCCCUGGCCAUCCUCCGGGUCAUCCGCCUGGUCCGGGUCUUCCGGAUCUUUAAGCUCUCCAGGCACUCCAAGGGGCUGCAGAUCCUGGGGAAAACCCUGCAGGCCAGCAUGCGGGAGCUGGGGCUGCUCAUCUUCUUCCUCUUCAUCGGGGUCAUCCUCUUCUCCAGCGCCGUGUACUUUGCAGAAACCGAUGACCCGCAUUCGGGCUUCAGCAGCAUCCCGGACGCCUUCUGGUGGGCGGUGGUUUCCAUGACGACGGUGGGUUACGGAGACAUGUGCCCAGUGACUAUAGGGGGGAAGAUCGUGGGCUCCCUGUGCGCCAUCGCCGGCGUGCUGACCAUCGCGCUGCCGGUUCCGGUCAUCGUGUCCAACUUCAACUACUUCUACCACCGGGAGACCGAGCACGAGGAGCAGUUCCAGUACACGCACGUGACCUGCGGCCAGCAGCAGCAGCAGCCGUUCGGUGAGUUCAAACGGACGGACAGCCGGCCGUCCCUGUCCAAGUCCGACUACCCGGACAGCGAGGACGCGGACUCCGUCAAAUACACCAACUGCAGCCCGCAGAAAGCCUUCAGCGGCAAACUGACGGACGUCUGAGCGCCUGGAGACCGGCGUCUGCUCUGCCAUCAGCGGGGACGAUUUCAGCUGGAGCCACGGGACGGAAACACGACCUCACCCCC